AUGAUAAAUAUACAGAAUAGAUUUUUAUCUUCAGUUCCAAUAACAAAACGUUUUGAUAAACUGUUUAUAUCUAAUAGUUACUUAUUAAGUUUUAGCAAGACAAAUACAAAUUUAUACUCAUCUUCAAUAUACCCAUUAAAUAGGAAUAUUUUGGUAAUCAGGAACUAUUCCAACAACAAUAAAUUUCAAAAUUCGAGGAUAUCUAAUUUAUUUUAUAAUAAUCCUAUACAUUAUAUUAAUAAUCCACAGAAAAAUAAUAUGUUGAUAAUAAGACGCCAUGAAGCAGGAAUUGCAGCUAUUUCAGCUGCUAUUGCUUUAAUUAGUAUCGGUGGAGUUGCUAAGGGUAUAGGAACAUUAUUUAGUGCUCUAGUAAUGGGUACUGCACGUAACCCUAGUAUAAAAGAUACAAUUUUUACUUAUACAUUAAUGGGAAUGGGAUUUAUGGAAUUAUUUGGUAUUAUUUGUGUGUUGAUGUCUGCUGUAUUGCUUUAUUCUUAA